GAAUGUAAAACGGGAGAACAUGCGUGGACACAGGUCAUCCUAGCUGGUUAUCCAAUCUAUUCAGUCUCGAUUAAAGUAUCGCGAGAAUCCAGCAUCAUGGAAUUGAAGCACGGACUACACGUGUUGGCCUGGGACGCGGAUAUGAAGUAUGCAACCUUGACUUCACCUUCUUGAAUUACUUCAAGAUCGUCCCCGAAGGUCUGCGCAGGAUAACAUUGCCAUCGCACCAACCUAUCUCAUCUGUGUCAUAUUCUUUCACUACUUCUGUCCCCUUACAAUCGUCUUUUGAAUACCCACAACAAACUCGUUCACCAUGAUGGAAGGAAAUCUUCGACAGCUCAAGAGGAGUCCUUCGUUUUUCCUCAGUGGUGGCGACUUGCAUCUCGUCGUCAACGAAUACAGAUUCCGAGUGCACUCAUACUUCUUCAUUCGCGAAUCGCAGCACUUUAAACAACGGCUCGCCAUCUCUGAUGCGUUUGAUCUGCAUGGCAAUGGGAGUUCGAUGUCGAGUGCAAUCGUUCUGGACGACUACGAUAUCACCCCAGAGGAAUUCGAGAGCUUCCUAAAGGUGUUCUAUAACCCGAAAUACUAUUUCUAUGAUCUCGAACGGCCCUACGAAGAAUGGGCAUCUAUCCUGAAGCUGUCCAACCUAUGGGACUUCCCAAAUGUCAAGGAGCUCGCUAUUAAGGAGCUUCAGAAGCUAGAUAUCCCUCUUGUCGACAGAAUCGUUCUGUAUCAAGACCAUGAUGUUGAUUCGAAACUCCGCGUGCCGUUGUACGCUGAGCUUGCCUCUAGGGAAGCCACGCUCGACCACGACGAAUCAACAAGAUUAGGGUUCCGGACCACCAUCGUUAUCUUUCAAGCCAGGGAGCGUUUGCGUUCGCUGGCGUCGGGAGGAAAAAGUCCUCUUCCAGACGAAGUGGGUCCAGAUGCUGCCAAAGAAGUCAUCACCAGUCUCUUCAAAGCUUUACCCCCGCUAGGAGAAGCUACACCUCCAGCAACACCAAGGCCCAGACUCAACGGGCUUGACUCUCCACGGAGGCCUAGCAGUGGAUUUGGAUUCAAUACCCAUUCUCGAAAUCCAAGCGUAUCAGGGUCUAAAUGACGAUGAAGCCCCUAGAUUGAUUUCACAUCGAAUAAUAGGACAAGGUUAAAUAUGAACAUGUUCAAGGAUGAUUUUUCUAGGACAUCGGAACGGUGCAUUGAUAACGCGUUAAUAUGGACACUGUUUCAAAUUUCAGGACUAUAGUAUGCAUACGUUCAUGGCCCGGAUUGUCAUGCAUGUCAUGGUACAUAUUCCAGCUGGUUGUAUUCUUGUAGGAAACAU